UAUCAGUUGAUCCAUUCUAGAACUAUGCAUCGAAUUUAGCCCACCAUGUCGUCCAGUGAUAGCGACUCUAACGACACUGAAUCACUUGCGUCUUCACUCCAGCCCACUGUGGUAGCUUAUCCGGAUGAAGAAGUACUGUGUCUAGAUCUCGAGGAAAAUGACUAUCUCUAUCGAAUCCGGAAGGGUAACCGCAUAGUUUAUGCGCGGAUCUUCGAUGGAGAUGUUAUUCCACCCGACUACAGAACGGAUAGCUACCGAAUCCUUCUGCACCUGCGGAAAGUCCCACGGUGGGAGGAAGAAUGGACAACAAUCACAGUGCGAAGGGGCGCUCACGGCCUUGAAAGCACUCUCGACGAAUUCAAGCCCCAUGGACUGAAUCUCGCAAAGCUCGACGUUUCUACAGCUAAGUUUUACAAUAUCUCAGACCUGUCAACGGUUUUUCGGAUCGGUGCUCGCGUGUUUCGAGUCAAGGGCGAUGGCGAAAUAUGGAUUCUAAAGAUCGCGCAAUUCAAACAUGAGAUUCGGUAUCUGCAGCAGGAGGUCGCUAUCUACUCCGAGCUCUCUGAAUCCGGCUUUCCACUUGCCCCGCGCUUUAUUGGGUAUGCUUAUGAGGAUACAAGGGAACGGACCAUCGGCUUUCUUAUGGAGGAUAUUCCAGGGUAUCCACCGGACAUACGAAAUCUUGAGGAGUGUACGAGGACAAUUCGCCUACUGCAUGCCUUCGGCUUUAUUCAUGGGGACACCAAUAGAUACAAUUUUCUCAUCACCGAUAAGGGUGCCCAUGUAAUCGACUUUGAAUCCACAGUUGCGCUAGCCGAUGUCGACUCGGAAGCAGCUUCCAGGGAGGUAGAUGUUCUUGAGGUCAAUCUGAGGGAUGAGUCUGGGAGAGGCAGAAAGCACGGAUGACGACGUGAUGUCUUUACGCGCUGAUGGGUCAGACUUGUCUCAUGGAUUAAUGAGGAUCUGUACACUCACACAGCAUCGUCAUAGCUUCUCAGUCGCUAUCCAGACACCAGCGGCAUUUGUGUGACGACCAUUUUGUAUCAACAUAGUCCAACUUCCCGCUGUGGCAUCUCAAGUCUGGUUUUCCCUUAUGUUUCUUGCACUUGAUAAAACGUCCAUCCUUCGAAUGUCCGCACUCAUAACGGACUUGCUCCUGAGUGCAGACGGCGUACGAGCGAGUCUCAUUGCCAGUUGCAGUACCAGUUGCAGUACCAG